CAUCCAAGACCAGAACAGAACUUGGAGGUGAAAAAGAAAAGGCCCAGAGGUGCUGGGGAAGCUGCGGCUUAGGACACAAUGACGUCUUCCCAGACAACUACCUACCCUGGAAUGCAUGGCACCAUUCCCAAUCCUUACCCACCAACAAGUUCCAUGGCUCUUCAUCCUCAACAACCUGUUGGGUUUUUAAACAUAGGAAACCAAGUACAGACUGGGCAACUUUCCUUCAUUGAAUCUCCAGGAAUCUUCCCUACUAAUCAGCUGGGUCAAGAAAACGUGGCAACAGCAAAUCCAGUUCCAGGAACAACAACAACCAACUUGAAAGAUGCAGCAAUAGCACUUGGGGGAGUCCAGAUCAUAACUGGAUUGAUGCACAUUGGCUUUGGAGUUGUUCUCGGGUUGCUGAGCACCUCUUACUAUGUGUCUCGAGCAUUUUCCUCUACUGCCUUUACUGGUGGAUAUCCAUUCUGGGGUGGCAUAUGUUUCAUGGCUUCUGGCUCACUCUCCAUCUCAGCAUUCAAGGAAUUCUCUCACUGUCUGGUGAAAAGCACCCGGGUAAUAAACAUUAUUAGCGCUAUGUUUGCCUUUGUGGGAGUGGUUCUGUUUCUGUGUGACCUGAACAUCAAUGGCUACUAUUAUCAAAACUACUGGAUGGUGCUUUCUGGGAGAGGAAUUGCAGGUGUGCUAGCAAUAUUUUCCUUGUUGGAAUUCAGCAUAGCGUUGGUCACAGCUUACUUUGCCCACCAAACCAUCCUCCAUGGCCACAGGUCUGUCCUGGUUGCUCCAACUGUGUGUCCAGCCAACCCCUUGAUGCAAGAGUCUCCCUCAGCUCCUCCCAUAUACGACAGCAUUCCAGACUGUGCUCCUAGACAAUAACAGGAAUGAAGAAUCACUGGUAUAAUUCAUGUAGCAAACCUUCCCUGAAAAAAACAUUCUCAUGAAGCUGCUCUUCCGCUGCCCACAGAGCCUGCAAACCUCUUUAGUGCCUGUAUUUGGAAUUUGUCCCACGGCUCAUGCUAACAGUCACUGGGUCUUCAAUCAGUGCCUCUUUCUGUUUCCGACUACUGCCCCUGUCAGAGGGGAAGGACAAGAGGACUGAAAACUGACUCUGUAAUGCUCUUAGCAUUAGAAACCUUCUAUUCACAUUAUCUUUUCCACAAUAAAAUGUCAUGGGGAACAUAAGCCUCCUUUGCUAUCUUUUUGCAUUGUUCUGGUCUGAUACUGGUUGAAUGAAGUAGACCUGACAGACACGGAUAAGGCGGUUAUUUAUUGAGUGGAAGUUUUCAGUGUCCAAUGACUAGAGUUCCAGAUUCAUCUUCCCCAUGUUCUGUUCAGGAAGCACAGGUCCAAUGGCGCUUGUUGGGGCCACAAUAUCUUACACAUCAAUACUGUCACCAACCACCUGACUGAUACUUAUAUAUUUUUUUGUCAUUGUGAAUUUAUAUUUAUAUUUUUAUUAAUGGUUUUUAUUUUACAAAUUACCAUACACGGUAUUAGCUAUCACUAUGGAAUUGGGGAAGUUGUUUUUAAUAUACUUUUAAAAUAUAAUUACAUCACUUACCCUUUCCCCCUUACAGCCUCUCUCAAGUCCCCUCCCUCCAACUUUUCCCAUGCCGCUCUACUCUCAAAUUGAUAGCCUCUUUUGUAUUAUUGUUGUUACAUGUAUGGUGUGUAUGUAUGUACAAAUAUAUAAAUACAACCUACUCAGUCUGA